GAUCUCGAAUUGGGCCACAUACCAUGCCCGGCACCUCAUUCCCAACGAAUAACGACAAUUUCUGCAACGGUUUUCCCAUGGCGACCACACAAGCGGAACGACUGCUCCAGGCGCAGAAUCGACGAAAGUUCAGUUUUCCGGCCACACUCCACUCAUCGCCACUGCUCGAAGUGGGCCAGCGGGAGUCGACCCGCCGACGGCUCAGCAAUGUCAGCGAUGUCGUCACCCGCAAAUUAUCCUACUCGAUCGGAUGGAAAGCGGCUCAAAUACCUGCCCAGGACAUAAUUACACAGGGACGCUGUUUAUGUGGACAAUAUAUAAAGCGGCGCCUGCGACGCUCGGGACUGUUUAACAAAAAGUUGGGAUUGCAACGAAUUCGCAGCAUGUUGGGCAACAGCAAUAUAUCUAUGGGUGUUGUGCGAGAUGUCUUUCCAGCGGUGCAAGUGUUGGGCGACGAACUGGAACGGAUGCAUCCACGUGUCUACAAUGGUGUUGCACGACAGAUUUGCCGUAAUCCUGGCGGCGAGUUUCACACGCCUGACGCUGUUAGUUUGUUGAUGGGUGCUGUGGGUCGUGAACUGUUCCGGAUUGAGAUCACGUGGAGCAAGGUGAUCUCAUUGUUUGCUAUAGCCGGUGGCCUGUCGGUGGACUGUGUGCGCCAGGGUCAUCCCGAGUAUUUGCCAAAGCUAAUGGAGAGCGUCUCCGAAGUCAUUGAGGAUGAACUUGUACCAUGGAUCAAUGAAAAUGGCGGUUGGGGUGGCAUUAAUACGCAUGUCCUGCCAACGACAAACAGUCUUAAUCCUUUGGAGUGGACAACGUUGGUAAUUGGAGUCGUCUUUGGUUUGAUUUUACUUAUCAUGCUUUUGCGUUUUAUUGGUAACACAGUGAUUCCAAAAAUAUACGAACGAUUCUCGAGACCAAACCACCUCCAAAAAAGCGCAAAACUAGCUGUAAUAAUACAAAAACAAAAAAAAAAAGCUCAACUUUUACACAACUCGUCGCAUGCAGCUGAAGCUUACACGAAACGAGCAAGGAGAGUGGAAGCAGAGGAGGCUGCAACAACAGUUCCACCAAGCAGAACAUUGCUUGGUCCAAUGACAAUGGCCAUGGCACCCACCAGCACCACCAACCCCAAGCCCACCCCCACUCCUAAGCUGGGUAAAUUCAAAUCCUCCUCACUGGACCAUGAGAUCUACACGGCGAACAGACGCAGCACCAUUGUGACCGCAGCCAGCGACUGGAAAGCUUUGCGAUCACCGCUCAAUGGCACCCGAUCCGUGCAUGUGGGCAGUGCCGGCGGAGCGGCAGUGGCAGGGGCAGGGGCCAUACCGGGGCACAUGACGAGGGCUGCCUCCACCUCAUCGCUGGCGAGCAGCACACGCACUAUGACAAACUAUCAGGAGCACAAAAUGGAAAUAAUUAAUCAGGGCAAGUGCCUGUGUGGGCAAUACAUCAGAGCGCGACUGCGACGUGCCGGGGUACUCAAUCGCAAGGUAACACAAAGACUACGCAACAUUCUGGAACCAUCAUCCCAUAUCGUCUACGAGGUGCUUCCAGCGCUUAAUAGUAUGAGCGAGGAACUGGAACGCAUGCAUCCGCGCGUCUAUACGAAUGUCUCUAGGCAGCUAUCACGUGCUCCGUUCGGUGAGCUGGAGGACAGCGAUAUGGCGCCGAUGCUACUCAAUCUGGUGGCCAAGGAUCUCUUUCGUUCGAGCAUCACGUGGGGCAAGAUCAUCUCGAUAUUUUCCGUGUGCGGCGGCUUUGCCAUAGACUGUGUGCGUCAAGGACACUACGACUACUUGCAGACCCUUGUCGAGGGCCUGGCCGAGAUUAUUGAGGAUGAUCUGGUCUAUUGGCUGAUUGAUAAUGGCGGCUGGCUGGGACUACAGCAGCAUAUACGACCUCAUGGCGGAAAAUUCACAUUUCUUGGCUGGCUGACGGUGUUUGUGUCCGUUUCGGCUGGGGCUUAUGUUUGUAAGCGCAUUGGCUGUUCGUUGUAUUCGUUGUUAUUCUAGUUUCGGGUCGAAUUAGUUGUAAUUGUAUCCCGUAGUAGUCAUAAACUUGUAAUCAUUCCUGCUUAAAGUCGUUUCAUAGCUCAUAAAGAAUUCUGUUUAAUGUUUGAUAUCGAUAUUGAUACUUGUUAUAUUGUUUUUGUAAAUAUACCUAACUUAGUGCCAAACGCAUAGAGCAAAUAAAUUACAUAAA